UAAUCGGUGAAAAGGACUCGGGAAAUCGGGGGGUUUUCAAUAACCCGUUCAAAUAAAUUUCACACUGUUUAUUAAACACGAAAAAAUGCACAGAACGAAAUGAACACACUUUACGCACACUGGAACGACGACGAUACGAACAAAAAUUAUACAAGUAUAAUAGAAAUGGAAUAGUUUGCUUUCGCGCACCGCGUAUUUACUAUUCGGGAUUAUAACGUCUUGUGUUGACAAAGAUUGGCUUGGUACUCUCGUUCGCGAGGGUCGGGUGAUCACUUAAAUUCGAGAAUCCGCGGUAAUUGUCGUCAUCACGGCCCAAUCAGCUGUUGCUUAUUAGACGUGACGAUGACGGGAACCAAUAAGUUUUAUAUCGGUAACGGGGGGUUCUCGGUGUCUCUCGAUCCUUCGAGAACGCACCGAAAGAGAUCUUCCGGUGCGUCCAGGAGGACGAGAGACAGAGAACUUCACGGUUGGGAUUUAAAUUCAGGGAUCGCCCUCUUCUACUUGCCUAGAUACGGAACAAAGAUUAUGUGCAAUGAUUUGAUUUUAUGGUGUUUCUCCUGUAAGGAAUUGAAGACAUCGCCUCACCCUCUGUUAUAUUGAGAAAAGUUCUAGUUUUGGAUUAUUUUUAUCUGAAUACCUACUAACGUAAUGGUGGUUUUUAAAAAAUUUUGACAAGUUGAUGGUAUGAAAUAUCUCGUUUUAUUGAUUUCACUACUUUAUUCCUUAUUUUCUUUAAACAUAAGACUCAGCGUAAUUCUGUUUUAAUCUGAAUACCUUCUUAUUUCUUUCCUUUUUUACUAUACUUGUUGAACGACUUUAUUGCUAUUUGACGUUAUGGCAUAUGCUUUUUGCCCCUAAUAUCUUUAUAUAAGCAACAGUCCUAAAUGAAUAUUUGAAAACUUGAAUAUGUAGCCUUUUUGUACGAUAUUAUCCGCUUUAUUGGAUUCUAUUCUCUCUUAGUGAACGUAGGGCAUAUCGUUACUGACCCAAGAUUAUAUUCCUAUAUACUUUUACUCUUAUUGUUAGUUAGAUUUGAAUUUGAUUUACGGUGCGUUUAUAUUAAGACAAUAAACAAUCGCUGACUGAUUUUAGCCUGACUCUUGAAUUAUUAAUGAAGUUACUUUUAACAACUUUUCUCUACUUAAAUUUCUGGAGGAUACACUACGCUAUUCAUCCCUACGCCUUUUUGUGCUGGUCUUUGAGCUGUUCUAUUGUAUGAUUAAGAGGAAGUUCCAAUCUUCUAAUGAGAAGAAAAGUCACGGGCUGGAUGAGAAAGAGGACAAAAAAGAAAACGAAGACUUUCAACUCGUCGUAAGAAAGAGGAAAAGAGGAGAUGUAAUCUGCACAAAAUCUACUGAUAGUAACAGCUCACCUAGUGAGAUGAAUAAGCAACCACAAAAGAGAAGGCCCUCCAUGUUGAACAGGGGGGAGCAAGAACCCUUGAACCUUGGGGACACUACGAAUAGAGUUGGCGAGACCCUGAACCUGAAACAAAUAGAACAACAGAACAGACAGGACAGCAAUUUCGAUAACCUCCAAGGAGGCUUUAUAAAAGUUAAAUGUAAGGAGGGACUGGACUUCCAGCAAACCCUCAGGGAAAUAAAAGGGAAGAUUAUUAUAGGAAACGUGAGAGUAAAUUGGAUUAGGCAGACUAGAUGGGGUAAAGAAGUUCUUUUUUACUUAGAGAAAUCAGAUGAAUUACAUAGUUUAGGGGAUAGAAUCAGGGGAGCAGGGAAUGAUAUGGAUGUAAUUGUUGGAAAAAGGAAAAAGGUCAUGUUCACAGGAAUCGACUUAGAUGUUCAGGAGGAUGAAUUUAAAGAGAUUUUACAUACGGAACAUAAAUUUAUGGAUUGUAGAGUUAUAUUUUAUAAGAGAUCAAUUAAAGGAAACAACAGUGCAUGUGUGGAUUUCCCUAUUGACACGGCAAACGAAGUGAUUAAGAGAGAGAGGCUAAGGAUAGGGUGGACCUCGUGCAGGACUGCGGAAUAUGUAGAUAACAGAAAGUGUUUCAAGUGUGGCUCUAAGACGCAUCUAGCUUGGUCAUGCAAACUUGAGAAAGGCGUUUGCUACAGUUGUGGCGGAGGUGAUCACACUAGUAGAGAAUGCACUUUUCUGAGACACAAAACAGGAGGCACUACCGGUACAAAUACUCCAAAAAAUCACGAAAUUAGCCCAAUAACUAUGGAAAUUGAACGUUUAAAAAAGCUCUUACAAGAAAAGUAUAAUGAAGUUACUGGGAAACAGGAUAUAAGAGGAACUACUCAAAACAAAGAGACUAAUACCUGGGGACAACCAGAAGGAAUUUCAGAGGAGGAAAGGAAGGUAGUCAAUAUUACAUAUAGGACUGGAAAGAAGGAAGUUAGAUCCAUUGGGACACAAACUGAGAAUGAAUUGACAGUUGUGAAGGAGAAAUGGAGUGAUAUCCUCAAGAGAGGAACUAACAACCUAGAUAUUCGUACGGAAAAGGAUCGACCUCGGACAGGGCUUGGAGAUCUUCGUCCCAUACCCAACUGGCAGGUAAAAAAGACGGGGAUUAAGAAUAGUAGGAAUAUCUUAGAGUUAAAUGUUGGCGAUGCGGAGGAUAUGGCCAUAAUACGAACAACUGUAAUAAACAAUCAAGGACGAGAGAGGAUAAUCCCCCCCUCCCCCCUAAGGAGCGAGGAUCUGCAAACAACAGGGAGAAUACAAUCAGAGAGGAUGAGAACUCACCAAGGAAUAUGGAGGUGUUGAAAACCGCGGAAAAGGCGAAGUGCUGGAGCUGCGGGGGACUGGGACAUAGGACGGAGGAUUGUAGCAGAGAAAAUAGGACCACAAGA